CUUUGUAUUUCUAUGAUGCCUUGGUUUACAGACACAACUAUAGCUAAAGCCAAAAAUCUCGCUUUAUAUGGCAAGGCCACACAAUCAGACCUGAUCAAGAAUCCUUGGUCAGGAGAAGGCCAUGCCAGCAAUGCUAUUGAUGGAAAUCAUGACCCAGAUUUUCAUCAUGGAUCCUGUACUGCUACUGAUUUGCAAAAUGACCCCUGGUGGAAGUUAGAUUUGCUAGAUGAGUACGUAGUGACCUCCAUAACUAUCACCAACCGAAAUGAAGUUCCUGAAAGACUUGAUGGAGCCGAGAUACACAUUGGAAACUCUCUGCUGAGCAAUGGCAACAGCAACCCAUUGGCUGGAAAGAUUUCAUCCAUUCCAGGUGGGAGAUCCCUCACUUUUGAAUGGAAGAAAGGCAUUUCAGGCCGUUACAUCAAUGUGGUCAUACCUGGAUCUAAUCGCCUUCUUACCCUCUGUGAGGUCGAGGUUUAUGGUUAUCCAGCUCCUGAUGGUGAAAAUGUGGCUUUAAAAGGCAAAGCUACACAAAAUCUCCUCCUUGGAAACAACUUUGCAUCCAAUGCCAUUGAUGGGAACAAAGAUGGUGAUGUCAAUCAUGGAUCCUGUACCCAGACCGAAAAAACCCUCAAUCCCUGGUGGAGACUGGACCUACUAAAAAGGCACAAAGUGUUUUCAGUAGUAAUAACAAACAGAGUAGAUUUCUUUUCUGUAAGACUGAAUGGGGCAGAAAUCAGAAUUGGAAACAGUCUGGACAACAAUGGCAAUAACAAUCCCAGGUGUGCUGUGAUCUCUUCUAUUCCUCCUGGUUUUUCCACCACCUUUGAAUGUGAUGGGAUGGAAGGACGUUACAUUAAUGUUGUUAUUCCAGGACGGGAAGAAUUUCUUACACUGUGUGAGGCUGAAGUGUACGGAUCACCACUGGAUUGAAAAGCACUUAAAAAAUUAACCUGCAAUAAU